AUGGACGUUCGUCGUGGCGACCAAGACUUCCAUGAAGGAUGUAUCGGGAAAGAGCAUGUCGGAAUCAUUACAAACCAUGUCGCAAAACUAGGUGUUGACAGAACUGAAACAUAUGUGUCUGGGACAAUAACAGGUACACCUUUGGUUCUCUGUCAGCAUGCUAAUUCUGAUCAAAUGUUUCCAUCCAUUAACAGUAGAAGUAGUACUAGUCAUACUCUAGCUGGUGAUGAUUAUAUAGUCUGCGAGAUACUCAGCAGACUGCGAGUGAAGUCACUAAUGAGGUUCAAAUGCGUAUGCAAAAGUUGGAAAUCCUUGAUCGAAAAAGAUCCUUACUUCAUUAAUUUGCACUUUACUCGAUCAAAAGUUGUUGGGAGAUCCAUUCUCACCGAGAUGUUCACUACUGAAAAUUAUGCACGUGUAUUAUCAGCCAAGCUAUUACUGCCAUCUGAAGAUGGCCAUGGAGGAGGAGCAACUUUCGAAAGGGAAAUUCCUGUUGGCCCCCAUCGUUGCCUUGAUUACUUACACAUGCUCAAUUUCGUCAAUGGUUUAAUCUGCUUCUUAGACAGAAAAGAGCAUAGUGUUCGUGUCUACAACCCAAGCACCGGAGAAUCAACUCCCUGGAUAAGAUCCAGAAUUAGAAAAGAACCCUCACCUUUUAGAUAUAUUAAUUUCGGUCACUAUGAAUUUGGAUAUGAUCCUUUCACCAAAGAGCACAAAGUGCUUGCCAUGUGGGUUCUGGAUCCAAGAAGCACAGACUUUGCCUGUGAGGUGUUGACUGUUGGCAAACACCUCAAUAAGUGGAGAAGGAUUGAGGAUGUCCCACCAGUGCUUCCAAGAAAGCUUGGAGAUCAUGUUCAUACAAAUGGUUCUAUAUAUUGGCAGUCUGAUAUCUAUGAUAGUGGAGUUCCUAGUAUUGUUGAAUUUAAUGUUAGGAGCGAAAGGUUUAGAGUGAUAUCACUUCCUAAUUUCAUAAUCCGAGAAAUUACUAAACCUUAUGUCGCCAGUUUAAUGGAAGUCAGUGGCCGUUUAGCAGUAUUAGCAUUGAAGACAACUAUAGUUGACUUCCGGAAAGAUCCUUUGAUAAACAGUAAUAAUAACAGCACAUCUGUUAAGAUGUGUAUAUUAUACGAUAGUCAUGAUGACAAUCAAAAUGGUAGCAGUAAUAGUAAUUACCACUGGAUGGAAGAAUCCUUCUCGACGCCACCAUUCGAUUGGAAGCUAUCAUGGAUUGAGCAUAUGCAUCCCAUUCAAGGAACUGACUUAUCUAUCAUGCAAUAUCCAGAAGACGAUGAUUUCUCAUUCUAUUAUUAUAAUUGGAAAAGGAGAAGUUUUAGCAGUAAAAAGUUCACAAUAAAUGGAAUAUCCUCAGUUGAUGCGUCUGUCAAAUACAUGAAGGGUUAUUUCUGUUUUUAUACUUUCAAUGAAAGCCUUUUUCGAGUAAACUAA